AUGCCAGUUGCAUCACUCUACUUGCUUGCGAUCAAUACGGACACAAAUGCCUUUCUCAAGUCUCUCCGCUCCUCUCGCAACGUGAUCGUAAGCUCUAGACCGCGACAUGCCGUGAUUCGUCCCACGAUACUCGACCAGGAUAUCCUAACCAAGACGCCAUGGGAUCUCCUCGUUCUCAUCCAAACGCCCACAGAUGUACCUCCGAUCCCCUCUACUCUUCAAUCUCAGAUCAAGUCCCAGUACCGUGUAACAGUGGGAAUACCUUCCAAACUUCUCGCCACCUACGCCUCACGAGACGAAUCCCUCAAGCGCACUGCUUCAUCCGUCCCAUUGACUGGAUCCUUAGACCAGGCACGCAGCAAACCAACUUCCCAAAGCCUGGAGCUCUCGCCCGAUCUCCUUGCUUUUAUGGAUAAGCUUACACCGCACCACUCGGGACCCGUCACAAUGCUCAACCUGCUUCAUUUCAACCACCCAAAUGGGAAGAAGAGCUACUACCAAUAUGGCCAGUCUUUCAUUCCUGUGGCCGGAAAGAGAGGCGGAGAUGCAAAGAUUGUGGGUAAUGUGGUAAAGCCAAAGUCUGGAACUGCGGAUGCUGUGGACUCGAGAGGAGAUUGGGACCGAAGGGAGGAGGAUUGGUGGAAUGAGAUAUCCAUCGUGCAUUAUCCUUCUAUCCGGCACUUUUGUGAUAUGCUUGCUGGGGAGGACUACCAGGAGAUCAACGAGAAGUAUAGACUAUCA